GACGACGACGACGCGACGACGACCACGCGUGACUCGUGUCUCACGUAUUUCCGUGCGCAGCGGCUGCCGGUAGAGCCAUACAGCCGCGCGACCACAGUAUCCCGUAGGCAUUGUUUUUCCGGGAUCCACACACGUGGAAUCGACGUGCACAGACACUGGAGACAGACCAGAGAUGGCGCAGCAGAGAGGAAGGAGUGGCCAAACCUGCUGUGUUCCAGGCUGUGACAGCAACACUGUGAAAAGCCAAGGCUUGUCAUGGCACAAAUUUCCCACUGACACAGCUAUGAAAAACGUGUGGCUGAAACGCAUCAACAGGAAGGGACAGGGAGGAAAAUACUCCCUGUGGCAGCCAAAACCUAGCCACAGAAUCUGUGGCAUUCAUUUCAAUAAGACUGGACGGAAAACAUACGACGACAAAGUGCCGCAGUUCUUCCCCACCAAGACCUUUCCAGAAUGGAAACAGGAGCCUUCACGUCCCGUAGCAAGGCGCAAACGACAGAGGCAUUUGUCGACUGCAAGUCCCAUGGAUAUUACUGUUGAAGAACCUGUUCUGCUGACAGAAAUGGAUUUGGCCAGCACAGUAACGGUUGGACCACCACUACAGCUGCAAGAUGUGCACACCGUUCAUGACGAAAGCUGUGUAAUGGUGCAGCACGUGGAACAUUUUGGGAAAACCCUUCAUCUGCUUCGUCCAGGGACCCUUUGGCACAGCAGUAUCCUGAACUUGUGUUAACGCUGGCCUGUGUAGAGAAAGAAAAACAAUAUGAUAUGCGUUAGACUAAUGCAAUAUGAUGCACGAGACUGAUGUGAGUGCAUGCUGCAAAGCUGCAGAAGCAGUAGUGGUGUCAGUAACAAGAUCAUUGUUCUUAACGAGAUCACGAACAUACAUAAAGUAUGGGUGAACCCCCCCCCCC